AUGGCCGAGAUCUCGAGAGCCUUCCCCCCCGCGGCAAAAUCGAAUAAACAAUUCCCGGCACGCGACCCGCGACGUGCCGCAAGACCAGAAACCGGCCCAUCAGCUACUUCUGCAGUCCCCAAUGUCCCGGACUCAACACCAUCCGCGAAACCCAAGUCAUACGGAGAGAAGCUGAUUGAAAGCCUAGCGAGCUUGUCCUCAGAGGUGUCCACUGCUACUACACUUAAGAACGAAUAUGCAAAGGCAAAGAAAGCUCAGUUGGGCAUUAACCAACACUAUGAAAAACUUCGAAACUUGAGCCAAUUCCCAGCGGCGAGAGAUCUCGUUAGUCGGAUUCGUGAAACCCAGAGCAAGGAUGUUGAGUCUCUCAAAGAACAAUUGACUGCCCGCAAAGAAAAUCAGAAAAAUUUAACUAAACGUGCUGCAGCGCUUGUGGAUAUGGAAUCAAAGGGCCAAACCAUAUCCCCGGAUGUGCUGAAGGAUAUCCAAGCUGAAAGCACGUCCACCAAGCAGUCGCUUCAAAAUGUCAGAGACGAAAUGCUAAGGUUUACCAGAGACUCUCGGGCAGCCAGUGACAAACGGGCCACGGAGCUGGAUCGAGCUUUAGAAUCUCAAGCCGAGACUCUUCGAAAACUCAAACAAAACCAGGAUCAUGACUUUGAAUCAGUGAAAAGAACUCGAGAGCGGAUAGACAAGAUAUUCUCAGAAAUAGGCAGCAUACAUGAUCGCAUAAAAGCUAUCUCGAAUGAGCGAUCGCCUGCGAGAUUCCACGAUUCUCCGCGCAAGAGUGUUGAGGGGCAGAGCACACCCAGUGGCGUCGCUCAAGCGACUGUGAAGGCGUUAGAAGAGCGUGUUAAGACUCUAGAAUCGUCAAUUCAGGGAACAAAUCCUACACCCGGGUAUGACGUUUUGACAAAGAGCGUUAACCAGAUAGUCAGUCGUCUUCAAGCAAUCGAAGGUGCAAAUCGCCCCAUAUCCGGGACUGCAGCCCAGACCGAAACGUUGUUGUUGCUACUUGACAAGGAAGUGGCUAAGAUCAAAGAGGAGAUAGAAGGCAUGAAAGCACUGAAUGAAUAUAAAGACCGUAUUUUGUGCGACGAUAUCGAGGAGAAGCAGAAGAUGAUGGAGAAAAACCUGGAGGAAACGACUAGUAAAAUCAAAGCCGAAGUAGCUUCUGAUUUGGAGAAGGCGAUUUCACAGUUGAAGGACAAUGGACCACUCAAGCAAUUGGAAGCAGUAGCCAGCUUGGUAGAUUCUGCAGAGCUACACAAUCAACGCAUGGAAACUGUCGAGAUUGCGGUCCGCUCGCUUGAGUCUCGUUACAGUACAAUCACUGCCGAGGCGCUCGCUCAUCAGGCCAUACCUCUAAUACAAAACCAAUUUCCGCCCGCUCCUGUGUUACGUGCUGUCGUUGAUAGAUUUCAAGUCAUCGAGAUGCAUCUUGCGCAGAUUUCAAGACUUCGCGAGCUUCCCGAUAUCGUUGAAAAUCAUAGGCAGCAACUAACCAUUCUUCAAGCACAAACAAGGCAAAUACGCCCGAAUGCCGAGCCAAACACAGCGGACAGUGCCAAUUCAGCUGCAAUGAUUGAAAUGCAAAAGAAUUGGCAAGAUGCUAUCCAAAAAAUCUCUGAACUACAGAAGAGUUAUGCUGAGCUCAAGAAAUUGGACCAAAAGCUCUCCUCAUAUGUUGAAGAAAAUCGGCAAAAACACGAGCAGCUACUGCAGACUUUGGGUGAACUGACCAAGGAAAAGGAUCGGCUGGUCGGGGAACUUGCUUCCAUGUCCGGCAACGUCGAUGAAUUGAAAGCUCAAACACGGCAGCAGAAGGAUCAUCACACAGCUCUAGCUCAGUCAACAGAAAGCAAAGUACAAACUGUUGAGCAGAAGCUGGUUGCGCGGGUGAAAGAAGUCCAGGAUCAAAUACAGAAUAUAGAGCAGAGAAUCAGUGAUAUACUCACUGCAAGUGGUUUGGAGGAUACCAAACAGAGCAUCGAGAAUGUGGAGGUUGCGCUUCAACAGCACGUUGAAAAUUUGAACUAUCAGCUCACACAACUAGUGGAUAAACACAAGGCGACUACACUAGAGUUGUCGGAUCUUCAAAGAGCCAAUGAGCAACUUGAUAAAUUCACCUACAGUUCUAUCGAGGACCUCCAAAAGGCAAUCAAAGGACUGGAAGACCAACAGGGAGCUACAGAGGAUGAACAUUUGAAAAUGACUCUCGAGGACCAUGCACUCAGGAUCGAUGAGCUGGAGCAAGCAAAAGCAUCAUUGGGAAGACGAUUCCGUGAAUCCUUAUCACCCAGGUCAGAACCAUCCCGAUCACCUUCCCAGACAAGCAACUGGUCUGGUGAGCCCUCUAGGGACGACGAUGAAGAUGAGAAUGUACGGCCAUUCAACGACAAUCGUCUUCCCCCUAGGAAGAAGAAUAAACGAAAGUUCACGAAAUUCUCGGGUCCAUUACCUUUCUCGUCACCAAGGACUAAAUUUGGAAGUGCCCCGCCUCGUGGACCAGCGUCUAUGAUUGAAAGAUCUGGUCCGCCUCCUUACAAAAAGCGGCAAAGAUCUAUGAUGGAUUUAGUAAACAACGGCGAUUGACUCUCACUCCAUUGAUCAUUACAUACCCUCAACUCAGGCAUCCUAGCAGACGCAUUAUUUCCCCGUUACCGUUCUGUAUCUGUCCAAAUUUUUUGUUUCCAUUUUUUCCCUUCUACGUUCCGGCGGCAUCGUCAUUAUCAUCAUCGAAAAAUGUUUUUUGAAGAGACGCGGAUAUAAGGCGUUUAUUCCGAUUUUGCAGAUACCAUGGGAGCGUGCAUAUACUGUAUUCUUGUAUAGAGAGUUAUACCCUGCGUUCAUCACUGGGCAACAGGCGGAGAAGAGACGAAAUGGAGUCUUUGUUUUCCUGAAUAUUUUUUGUUUUCUGCUUGCAACUAAUCACUUAUCUUUUUAUGCGGCGGGGCUGCUGUUUUCGUGACGAUAGUACAAGGAUAUCAGUGUUUUAGGAUCGAGGGAAGAUCGGAUUGUAUAGCGCUACUUGCUUUGCACUUGUGACUAAUUCUACAUUUCACAAUGUUACUCGAAAACUCGAUUAGCC